UUUUUAAUUUAAUUAAAUUUUAACAUCGAGUAAAAACUCAUCUUUGCUAGACAAGGGUUUUCGGUCCACUCCGCUGGGGAUUCUGUUGUAGAAUUCUGGUUGAGGCCCCUUGGGGAUCCGGGUUAGAAUAGGUCCUCAGUACUCCUUGCUUGUUGUAAGAGGCGACUUCGGAUGAGAACGCAAAAACCGAGAUCCCGUGUCACAGCAGGUGUGGCAGAAGCGCCAAGCAUCUAUAAGCCUAAAUUUGAAGCCCUUCACUGGCAAAGGUGAAGUCUUCAUACGAGUGAAAAAUUCUCGAGAGGGACGUACUACAAUAUUCAAUCAAUCGGGUUGAAGAUAGAAUGAGAUAAUCAGAGUGAAAGUCACAAUUUGAAAUUUCUGAUAAGUCUAUAAUUUUUGAGUCGGAAAUUGUUUUCGUAGUAGGUAGAGUCACAUCUUAAUGGCAAGCCGUGUUACUCUCCUCCCAGACUUAACGUGUCAAGCCGUUGGAUAUCAAUGACAGUUCUAAGAUUCAAUUUUGAUCCCCACAAAUGAAUAUUACACAGACCUAUCCUUCCCACUUCCAAGGAUUUUUCACCAGUGGCGGAUCCAAUAAAAAACGAAGUGGGAGCGCAGUCCCCUGAAGCUACCUAAGUUUUGACAAAAUAAGUCAUAUUCUUGAUUUACGGGACAUAUUUCCAUUUAAAAAAUCGCCCGGCGCUGGACUCGCCACUGGUCCAAUCCUCCUCAUCUAGUUAAUGCAAGACAAGGAUAUCAAAAGAAAAUGAAAAUUGUAUGAAAGCAUGUCUUUUCUAGUAUUUUGUCAAAUUGUGCAAUGACAUAAAGUAUUGCAUCCAGCUUGUGAGUGAUUUUUUAAGGAGAGGGGAUUUCCCUGUUACAUACGGACGACUCUUUUAAACUCGACCUUGUCUGCCAGAAUAUCAAAAUGUUUCCGCAGCAUAUUAUCAGGGACCUCUAUAUGUAUACACUAAAUUGAUAUGAUAUUCACGGAAGGCCAAACUAACAUGUAUUCAAAUAAAGUAUAAUGAUAUUUCAUCAUCAACAAUAGAGACAAUGAUGCCUGGAUAUGGUUAUGUAAUAAGCAAUAUUGUUGAGUUUCUAUAGAAAUAAUGUUUAAAUUAUACUUCUUUUGUCAACAAUGCCUUCCGGGGCCCUUGAUUGGUCAAUAAAAUAUCUUGUAUCUUGUUCCUAUCUUCAAAUAAUUGAACAUAUUUCUAAAAUUGAAUAAGUAUAAUUGAAUCAGAGAUAGGUGAAAAUGAAUCAUAUAUAUAUAACACAGCCCUCAAAGGAUUUUAUAAAUUAAAAAAAAGACUUUUUAUGUUUAGCACCAUGAAAUUAAAACAAGUACUCAUCUCUUUGACCACACAAUAAAACCAAUUUUAUUAUAUAUAAUUCUGAAAUAUGGGGUGGAUACAUAGAGUCAUGGAAUAAAUUAAAAUCAUCACCAAACUUUUUAAAUCACUUCAAUGUGAGAAGCUUCAUCAUAAAUAUUCUAAAUGUAUUCUGGGUGUACAUAAGAAAAGUACAAAUUUUGCUGUACUAUCAGAAUUGGGGAAAGCUUUAGAAUAUGUUAAAAUUGGAUAUCCGUUAAGAGAUUUUAGUCAGUAUAGAUUUUAGAAAAUUGUAAAGAAAUUUCUCUGUGAUAAAUACACUGAAAUCCGGUACAAUAAUCGAAAUAAAUUAAUUGAUGGGAAACUGUGCACUUAUUUUAAACAUAAGGAGCACUUUGGUUUUGAGAACUAUCUUAAUAAAUUUAAAAAUUUUGAUAUUAGAAGAUCUAUUUGUAAGUUACGGAUAUCAGCUCAUAAAUUAAUGAUUGAAGUUGGUAGAUAUUCUGGUAUUACUAGGAAUGAACGAAUAUGUAACAAAUGCAACUCCGGUUUAUUAGGUGAUGAGAUUCAUUUUUUGAUUAAAUGUGAAAAGUUUGCUGAUGAAAGAAAAUCUUUUCGUGGUGCUAUAGAAAAAACAGUUAAAUUUUUUACCAAACUCAAUGAUGAACAAAAAUUCAUUUACAUACUAUGUUCUGAAGAGCCAUCCAUUCUAAAUAUAACUGGAAAAUUUAUUUUGAACAAUAUAUGACAAUGUAUUUGUAUAUAACUAUGUAUUAUGUAAUCACUUCUUUCUUUACUUGUAUAUGUACAUUAUUUGUAUGUAUUUUCAUGCUGCCCCUUGAGGGCCCUUGAUUGGAAAAUAAUAUAUAUAUAUAUAUAUAUAUAUAUAUAUAUAUAUAUAUAUAUACGUAUAAAUAAUUAUCAUAGUUUAUAAUGUAACCACUAAAAACGUACAGAAUAAGACGAAGAAGAAAAAGAAAGAAAGAAAAGAAACAACGACCCAUUACGUACGUUAAUAUUUUAUUCAAUAUUUCUCACCAACACAGUCUGUCUUUCCAGUGUUUUCAGCAAGAGCAGCUGUCAUUGUCAAACUAAAACAGACUAUAGGUAUUUCCCCCUAGAAAUUUGAGUCGCUAUUAAUAGCAGUGAGGUUGACAGUGGUAAAAGCCCUUACUUUUACAACGCAGGAUCGAGUUUGCGUUUUUUAUCAAGGAUUUCCCAUUUAUGUGCCUGAAGAUGGCGACAGAAAUGACCAGAACAAAUUCGGCAGAAUCCUCGAUGUCUUCGCAUUAUAGCAUUGAACAGGAACGGGACUCUUAUAAAGAGAAAGUGGAACACAUGAAAGUUCUUUUAAAACAAUGCCAAUCUGAACUUCACACCUAUAAGAUCCGUCACGGGGGUGUGGAGACUUUUUCAAGACUCUUACAGGAAGCAAAACAGGAGAAUGGUAAUCUGAACAAGAAAUUGAAGACGUUGGAAACAAUUGUUCGUAAUUUACAGAGUAGAUUGAUUAAUAAUGGAUUAUCCGCUUGUCUUAGCUUGGAAGAAAGUGAUGAUUUUAUUCCCGGAACUUCUAAACAAGUUCUGGAAAAUUUAUCAAGAGAAAACUCUCGGCUUAAACAGCUUUUGAGAUCGUCCCCAUCCGACCCGGAAGAAAUUCAAACCUUGCAACAGAAAAUCAAAGAACUGAGUCAAUGGAAUGGCACGCUUCAACAACAACUGGAGUCAAAGGUGUCUCGAAUGAAUGACCUUGAGCGAGCUCUGUCUAAUUCUGCAGACGAAAAAGAUGCUCAGAUUCGUCGUCUAACGACAACAGUGGAGGAAUUACGAGAAAGCUUUCGCACGAGAGAUGUGUUAUGCAUAUCGCUGGCUGAGGAAACCAACAACCUCCGUCAGCAACUGACAGAUGUUGGGACCCAGUGCCAGCAGAUGGCGCUACGUCUUGAGAACAGCAAAGCCAAGCAAGGAGCACAAGUUACGGGAACAGACAAGUUUCCAGAGAAUAUUGAAAGACUGAGAGAAGAAAAUGUCACACUGAAGGCCAAAAUGGAAGAGGUUACAAAAAUGAACCACAGGUGGCAGUCAUACAACACGAUGCAGGAGCAGAGAAUUCAGCAGUUGGUGGGCGAGUUGGAGGCUGCCCAGGAUUUCACAGUCACUCCUGAGCGAGAAGAGUCAAUCAACCGUGCUUUAGAAGAAGCCAAGACUAAACUCCAGUCACUGGAAACACAAAAAAAAGAGUUUGAAACAAAAUUAACUGAGGCUUUGACGUAUAACUCCCACCUGACACAGGAAGUAGAAAAGCUCAGAGAGGAAGUGAAUUCUCGUCGGGAGGGGACAUGCCUGAGCAGUAACUCGGAAUCUAUCGAGGCCUUGAAACAUCAGAUUCAGAUAUGCACGGAGGACUUUGAAUAUGAACGCAGUGACAGAGAAAAGGCUCAGCACCGGAUCUCUCAACUGGAGGAAGAGAUGAAACAAAUCAAAGCUGAACGAGAUCGAUAUAAAACUAGACUUUCACAGAUAGAGUCUGAAAAUAGCAAGAGAGAUUCAGUCAGCCGAAACCGAUUGCCUCAGGUCAAUUUAGACUACAACCUCCUCACCAACCAAUCACUGUACAAUGACUUUAAUCUGAAUCCAGUCAACCAUGGAUAUUCUUUGGAGACACCACUUGCUGCUAGAGGUCCUAGUCAAAAUCCUGAGCUAAAGCCCCCAAAGAGUUUACCUGUUGACCGCAUCAAAGGACAAAUUGAUCACAGUAUUUCUGAUCCGAGUGUGAGUCCCUCGGUGUAUACAGCCCAGACUAUGAACGAAGUGGACAGUACUCUUCAGACAGACAAUACCUCAUCUAUGUCACAACUUAGUGUUCCUAAAAAUAGCCAGGAGUUAAGUGGCAAGGCCGAUUCCGAGUUAGGUCUUUCUCUGACAGUUCCAUCUUUAAAUGACCUUGAUGAAAUCAACGAUACGGAGAGUGAAACAGGGAAUGGACAAAUGUUGUCGUGUCCAAAGUGUGGACAAAGCUUUAGUGCCGACUGUCAUGCUCAGCUGGUGGAACACCUGGAUGUAUGUUGUGAUUGACCUUGACCUGGGUAACUUUGACCUCUGAUUGAUCAUGAUGAUAUUGUUGUGUAUUUAAGUUGAGUCACACACAGUAAUAAAACAUUUAAAGUACUUGUAGAAUUUUCAAGAAGAUUUUGGGGCAAUUAUAAAUUAUUAUUUGCCGAAACGUGAUGUAAAUUUUGAAUUGGAUUUCAAGUGUGUCCUUUCUUUAAACUGUAUGAGUAUGUCAAGUAACAUUUCAUCAUGCAAUGAUCUACAUGUAUCUUACUGUAAUUUUCAUGACAUCCAUUUUACAUAAUGCAUUCAUCUCUCAUUUACACAUGGAAUUCUAUUUGCAUCUGAAGAAUCUGUAGAGGUUUUCAAACAUUAAUGAAGUAAAUGUGGUGUAUAUGGUGUGAAGUCUAGUUGUAUGUUAUAUAGUAUUAUACACAUGUACUGUCAAAGUGGUUAUAUACACGUGGGGGGGGGGGGGGGGGGGGGGGGGGGGGUUACACCAAUUACGUGGUCAUGUAAUAAGCGAGUAAAUUUCCCCAUGCAUUUAGUUAUAAAUAUUUUGAUGUAAUGUAUUCAGUUAUUGCGUAUUUUUCCCCCACGCGUAAGGUUGGACGUAGAAAAACGCGUAUUUAACCCCCAGACAGCGUAAAUAAGCACUUUUACAGUAUACCAUGAUAUGUAGGCUUUAAAAAACUGUCAAUUUACAUUCAUGUAAGCUUUAAAGCCCUUGAAGAUAAGGUUGCUUGUGUGUGUACAUGUAAUUGCUUAUUAGAAGUCCGUGUUACCUUCAGACUGUGAUAUAUAACUCAAUGAUAGUGACAGACUGGGAAGGUGGGGAUGCAAUUAUGUAAACAAAAAAUAACGAACCUAGGAUCAGUAAUACUGUAAAUCACACGUACAUUUCAUGAGGGCUUGUCUCAGUAGUCUUGCCUUAUCGUAUUUACCAGUGAGACAUAAUAUUUGCAAACAUUUCAUUAAUAUUAAACUAAAUAUAUGGUAUACAAAAAUUAUUUACAAGAUCUUUAUAUUUUUCAUCAAAGGCAAUGUCACAAACUUGAUAAUUUUUUGCAAACCAAUCACAAAUAAAAAUUCAAACAGUUGAAACAAAUAAUUCCCAUCCCACCAACUUGUCAGGUCUGUCACUGGGUUGUUGUGUGUCAAUCUAGAAACUGUGAUAUGUGAUUGUGAGAGGCAAAUAUAUUACAGAAUAAAAACACUGGGACAACUAUAUUAGGAUUUUCUGCAUUCUGUAAGAAAAACUUGUGUAGUUUCCAUGAUUUGAUCAUUUGAAUGACAUUAUGUGGUAGUCUAUUAGCAGACAUUGAAUAUAAGGAAGGAAUGGGGUUGUGAAUAUAGUGUUGAUGGUGCUGAUCCAUUUUGCCAAAUUUCUCCAGUUCUGUUUUGUGACAUAACUGUUUAUCAUAUUAAUUGAAAAGAUUGGUCAUUCUGAAUAUCAAGAAGAAGAAAACCCCCACAAGGGUGAUGAUGUUUAUUCAGCUAAUUUUAAAGUAAUUGAUCAUUAGAAAGGGAGACAUGUUUCAGGGAAACUUACAAGUUUCUAUGAGAGUGAUUUCCUGACGUACUUGUAAAUUAGCCACUAAACAAUUUUGUUUUUAUUACCAUAUUAUAUAAUUACAUCAUGAUUAGUUUGGUUGAGUUGCAUUUGAAUUGUGUAAAUUAUACCAAUGAAGAAUUGUGACAUUUGCAUGUGCAGAGUUUUCUACCCCAGACAAUUUUUAUUUUUCAUUCAGGGAAAGUUGGGGGUGUGUGCUCCAACCAACACUAGAGAUCUAAUAUUUAGUACUUUACAACUGAAACUGCAUGGAAUAGACAAAACUAUGUAUUUUUUUAGGGUGGGGGGUCCCCCCCCCCCACCUCUUGGUUCUGUGUUUGAUGUGAUUAUAACAGACACUAGACAACCUGUACAUUUGAGGAAAUGAACAUUGUAGAAAUGAUUUUUUCAUUAUUUACAAAUUAAGAUUACACAACAUGCUUGUUGGAAAUAAGAACAAUUACAGCCGCAUACCAUUUACACUAUGCUGUAUUAUCAAACAGGAAUUGAUACAUUGAUUAGUUCAGUAAUUAGUACUGUUUUUAUACAUAUAUUACUGGUCAUCAUUCUUAUCACUCAGUUACUAUGGUUACAGACAAUAUUAAGAAACUGUUAAUUUACUAUGUUUGAUCAUGUUUAAAAUUUCGUCUCACAAUAAAUGUAAGAAACCUGUUAA